AUGGCAUCUCUACCAGCGCUCCAGCGCGUCCAAGCACCUCUUCGGAGGUCUUUGACCUGCGCCGUCUCCAGCUCCAGGAGCUACGCCACCAUCCCCUCCGGCUCGACAGAGGCGCCCCAGAAGGCAGCGCGACCUACUUACUUCAAAGACACCUCUGUUGCGCCCUUUUCUGACUUCCUGCCGACCGCGUCUGCCGCAAGCCCGCUCUCACCCUCUGAUGCCUACUCUCUCAGGACCGCCGAAGUUGGGCCCAAGGGCAAGAAGAAGACGAUCACGAGGUUGCCCGAAUGGCUCAAGACUCCCAUCCCGAACCCCGGAGCGAACGAAAAUUUCCGAAAGAUCAAGGCUGAUCUGCGCGGUCUCAACCUGCACACGGUGUGCGAGGAGGCAAGGUGUCCAAACAUCUCGGAAUGCUGGGGAGGCUCGAACAAGGCCGAGGCGACAGCGACCAUCAUGCUCAUGGGAGAUACGUGCACUCGAGGAUGCCGAUUCUGCAGCGUGAAGACGUCUCGGACGCCGCCGCCGCUCGAUCCUCACGAGCCCGAGCAUACGGCAGAGGCCCUCGCCAGGUGGGGGCUCGGAUACGUCGUCCUUACGACUGUGGACCGCGACGACUUGAUUGACGGAGGCGCAAGGCAUCUGGCUGAGACCAUUAGGAAGAUCAAGGCCAAGAGCCCUACAUUGCUCGUCGAGACUCUCACGGGAGAUUUCCUGGGAGACUUGGACAUGGUCAAGAUUGUGGCCGAGAGUGGCCUCGAUGUGUUCGCUCACAACAUCGAGACGGUGGAGGGCCUCACGCCGUACGUGCGUGACCGCAGGGCCACAUUCAGGCAGAGUCUGAAGGUGCUGGAGCACGUCAAGAAGGUACGGGGCGAGGGCAACAUCAUUACGAAGACGAGUAUGAUGCUCGGUCUUGGAGAGACCGAGGAGGAGAUUUGGGAUGCACUUCGAGAGCUGCGGAAGAUCAACGUCGACGUUGUGACCUUUGGUCAGUACAUGCGGCCGACCAAGAGGCACAUGAAAGUCGAGAAGUACGUCACGCCAGACGAGUUUGACCUCUGGAAGCAGCGGGCUCUGGACAUGGGCUUCCUCUACUGCGCCAGCGGUCCCCUCGUCCGCUCCUCGUACAAGGCGGGAGAGGCUUUUAUCGAGAACGUGCUGAGGAAGAGAGCGGGCGAGAAGAGGCUUGCAGGCAAUCCGCUCGGCGGCGCUGUCCUAGCGGACGCGAAGUCCGCGUGA